GACGAUGCUCACGACGAGAAUCGAAGUCGCUAUGUUCACCGAUGCUUCACAGAUCAUGGCCGCCACCAUCUCACAAGUGAAAGUCUCAUUUCAUGUCUCGCCAUAACCUCGAUUACAACACCGUUUCAGGGUCCUCUGGGCUGCAGACGUAAGCCUGGGUGAUGGAGCGAAGACGACAAGCCGAUGUGCCCGACAGCCGCUGCCAGGAAACGGGAUCGCCGAACGGCGGACUGACGGUGACUGCUGCGUACGAAGAGGAACUGGCCGCAGAAGCCGUUACUCUCUCAUUUGCGACGCUGCCGAUUGAGCUUCUACCACAAAUUCUGCAGCACCUCUCGUGGCGGAUCAGAGACCUUGCUUCCUGUGCCAGGGUCAACAGUGUCUGGCAAGUCUAUGCUCAGGUGCUGUUAUACGAGAGAAUCGUUCUGCGAAAUUCAAACAUUCUGAUCAAAGUCUUUCGAUCACUUGCCGCACAUCCUAAGAAUGCAGCCCAUGCACGAAUCGUUGAAAUCCGAGCUUUCCCCCUUGGCCUCCUUGCCGAAGCGUUGGAGCAGAUCGAAAUAGACAUAGUCAUUGCUCUCCGAAACGCCAAGAACCUCCGCGAGCUAGUGUGGACGCGCACAGGCUCAUUGAGCGACCGUGUAAUAGUCGAGCUAUUCCCACAUCUUCACAGCCUCCAAAAGCUCCAGAUCACCGGGGAUACCCGCACCUUCGACCCUGCACUCCUCGUAAAAUCACUCAAGCGUCCUCCACCACAAAGCUGCUGCCGAGCCAUUGAAGACCCUCCGCGUUCGGGGCGCUUCCGCAAGGAAGCCUCACCGUACGAUACUGUAGGGGAUUCAGCGCAAAAUCGACCCACGGAGGCGGAGCCAAAUGCAGGCGAGCGCUGUAUCGAGCGAUUCUCGGUCAACUUGCCGGACAAAAAGAUGGCUUCGAAGCUCCCUGAUGUUGCUGAACAGUUAGGCGGAAAGCUUCGAGGAUUGAACAUUUUAAGCUAUCAUUCGUCCCACGUCACAGACGCCGUAUUGCAGGCCGCUGCAUUGCACCUUCCGAAUCUCACCCACCUUUCCAUCGUCGGCUGCAAGGCAGUGAGCAUUCGAGGCGUGCUUCCGGUUUUGCAGGCGGCCCGCGGCCUCUUGGAAGAGCUCGCUCUCGAGAGCCUGUCACUACUACCAGACGAUCUGCACUUAAUUUCACCUAGCUUGGGACGCCUUCGAGUCUUGUCUUUGACGUAUCCAAAAGCGAGAAUCCCAGCUGCGAGCUUCCUAGCCUCCUUGUCCGAUCUUGUCUCGCAACUGGAACAACUUCAGUCCUUCACAUUCUACGCUCCUGGUGGAAGCAAAGCCAUAACAGGUGCCGAUGAAGAGCCAGAGAGCGACGAUGAAGCUGGGAAUAACGGAUCUGUUUCAGGCGCUCGCCCUGAUGGUUACCAGCAUACGUCGACCACGCAUCACCGUGCAGACGGGUGUUAUUCUCAUGGCAUACCCAUGUCCGGUCCCGCGCUCAGCACCGCUUUCCUGCAGCGUCUUAUGAUCACCCGUGGCAAGCAAUUGCGCAUGCUGCGCUUGCAUGGCAUCGGCAUGUCGCUGGACCAGCUCUCAUUCAUCUGUGAUGCGUGCAGCAACGAGAACGAUGGCCAGCUCGUCGACCUCGUCGUGCAUUUGUACGAGCACGAUGCCAGGGCAAUGCGCUUGUGUGCUGCUUUGCGAAGGCUUGGAAGGCUCAAGGAUCUGCACGUGCUCAGCUCGGCAAAUAGCGACAUGCUCUUGACGGAGGCGGACCUGCAAAACAUGGCUGACGCUAGUCCGACUACCUUGCGGCAAAUCGGGUUCAGGCAUCACGUUUGGAUGAUUGACCGAAGCAAUUAUGACCGCGUGCGUAAGAAAGGAUGCCAGCUGCAGCGGUGGGACAAUGGUUCGGGCGCAUUCUUCCGGCCUGAAGCGUUGUUCGCCGUUCGUACGUAGCCUCUAGAGCCGCGUCAUCCUGGCUCAUACAGUCCCUCCCUCCACUGGCCCCCGGGGCACUCGUCUCCGUUGAAUGUCUGUAGGACAUAAUACUCGGCGAGUCGGAUCAUGCUUUCGGUAGCUACACGCGUUCGGUUAAAAUCUAAUGCAAGCAUACAAUGCACUCAGUUACUGUGAU